GGGGCUGGGACCGCUUUCUCGCCAGCCAGCACUCGGCGCUGGCCCCCGGGGAGCGGAGGGGCAGGCUAGGGCAGCUCCCCAGCUCCCCGCGUGAUAAAACUUGAGAAAUAACCAGGAGGGGCGGCCCGGCGUCUCCUGGGUCCAAUCCCGUCUCUGGAGCGAACGCGCUCCCGGGAAGGCGAGCCUGACGGAGGCCUAGGAGACUUAAAGAGGAGUAGCAGCGAGGCACGCCCGCACCGCGCGCGGCCGGACCUCCGUGCGCUCUCACCUCCGGCCUCCUGCCCGGCGCCUGGGUUCCCCCUUCCCGCCCUGCGCCGCGAUGGCCACCGCGCAGCCUCGGAUCCCCCCGCGCGGAGCCCUCGGCAGGCUGCUGCUGAGCCUCGCGGUCUUCAGCUUUGCUUGUGAAGGCUGCGAAAAGGUGACACUUAAUAUACCUUCCAAACUAGAGGCAGACAAAAUAGUGGGCAGAGUUAAUCUGAAAGAGUGCCUCAGGUCUGCCAACCUUAUCCAGUCCAGUGACUCUGAUUUCAGAGUUCUAGAUGACGGGUCAGUAUACACAGCCAGCACCGUGGUGAUGUCUGAUGAGAAAAGAUCAUUCACCAUAUGGCUUUCUGACACCAAGACACAGACACAGAAAGAGAUUAAGGUGCUCCUGGAACAUCAGAAGAAGGUACUGAGGAAAAGAGAUGCUAAAGAAGCCGUUCUCAGGCGUUCCAAGAGGAGAUGGGCCCCUAUUCCCUGCUCCAUGCAAGAGAAUUCACUGGGCCCGUUCCCUUUGUUUCUUCAACAAGUUCAGUCUGACGCAGCACAGAACUAUACCAUCUUCUACUCAAUAAGUGGGCGUGGAGUUGACCAGGAACCUUUAAAUUUGUUUUUCAUAGAAAAAGACACCGGAAAUUUGUAUUGUACCCGGCCUGUGGAUCGUGAAGAAUAUGAUAUUUUUGAUUUGAUUGCCUAUGCCUCGACUGCAGAUGGGUAUUCAGCAGACUUACCUCUUCCACUGCCCAUCAGAGUGGAGGAUGAAAAUGACAACCACCCUAUUUUCACAGAAGCUGUUUAUAAUUUUGAAGUUCCAGAAAGUAGCAGAGUUGGUACUACAGUGGGAGUGGUUUGUGCCACAGACAGAGAUGAACCAGACACGAUGCAUACACGCCUGAAGUAUAGCAUUUUGGAGCAGAGCCCGAGGUCCCCAGGGAUCUUCGCUGUGCAUCCCAGCACAGGUGUCAUCACCAUAACCUCGCACUAUCUGGACCGAGAGACUGUAGAAAAGUACUCACUGAUAAUGAAAGUACAAGACAUGGAUGGUCAGUUUUUUGGACUGAUGAGUACAUCAACUUGUAUGAUCACAGUAAAAGAUUCAAAUGACAAUGCACCGACUUUCAAACAAAAUACCUACGAAGCAUCAGUAGAGGAAAAUGCUUACAAUGUGGAGAUAUUACGAAUACCAGUAGAAGAUAAGGACUUAAUUAACACUGUCAAUUGGAGAGCCAAUUUUACCAUUUUGAAGGGCAAUGAAAAUGGACAUUUCAAAAUCAGCACAGAUAAAGAAACUAACGAAGGCAUUUUGUAUGUUGUAAAGCCACUGAAUUAUGAAGAAAGCCACCAAGUGAUCCUGGAAAUUGGAGUAAACAAUGAAGCUCCGUUUACUAGAGAUGUUGCACUCAGAAUGGCAACCAUGAACCGAGCCUUGGUCACAGUUCACGUGAGGGAUCAGGAUGAGGGGCCUGAAUGCAGCCCUGCAGCCCAAUAUAUACGGAUUAAAGAGAACUCAGCAGUGGGGUCAAAGGUCAAUGGCUAUAAGGCGUAUGACCCUGAAACUAACAGUGGUAGCCGCUUAAGGUACAAAAAAUUGCAUGAUCCUAAAGGAUGGAUCACCGUUGAUGAGAUUUCAGGGUCAAUCAUGACCUCCAAAAUCCUGGACCGGGAGGCCAUGACUCCCGGAAAUGACGUGUAUAACAUUACAGUUCUGGCAAUAGACCAAGAUGGUAGAUCAUGUACCGGAACACUCGCGGUUAACAUUGAAGAUAUGAAUGAUAACCCACCAGAAAUACUUCAGAGUUACGUAACAGUUUGCAAACCAAAGAUGAAGUACACCGACAUUUCGGCUGUCGAUCCCGACGAACCUAUCCACGGUGCUCCAUUUUAUUUCAGCUUGGUGAACACUUCUCCAGAAACGAACAGAAUGUGGACCCUCACCAGAGUUAAUGACACAGCUGCCCGUCUUUCGUAUCAGAAAAAUGCUGAAUUUCAGGAAUAUAGUGUUCCUAUUACUGUAAAAGACAGAGAAGGUCAAUCUACAACAAAAACUGUGAGAGUUAAUCUGUGUGAUUGUACUCAUCCAAGCCAAUGCCUGGCCGCUCGCAGGAGUGCAGAAGUCAUACUCGGAAAAUGGGCGAUCCUGGCGAUCCUGCUGGGUAUAGCAUUAUUAUUUUCUGUAUUGCUAACUUUGGUAUGUGGAGUUGUUGGUGCAAAAAAAAAAAAAGGUUUUCCUGAAGAUUUAGCACAGCAAAACUUGAUUAUAUCAAACACAGAAGCACCUGGAGAUGAUAAGGUGUGUUCUGGUAACGGCUUUAUGACCCAGACAGUCAACAGCUCCGGCCAAGGCUUUUGCGGUACCAUGGGAUCAGGAGUGAAAAACGGAGGGCAGGAGACCAUUGAAAUGGUGAAAGGCGGACACCAGACCCUGGAUUCGUGCCGGGGAACUGGGCACCAUCACACCCUGGAUUCCUGCCGGGGAGGACCGGUGGAGGUGGACAACUGCCGAUAUACCUACUCCGAGUGGCAUAAUUUCACUCAGCCCCGUCUUGGUGAAAAAUUGCAUCUGUGUAACCAGAAUGAAGAUCACGUGCCAUCUCAAGAUUACGUCCUUACAUACAAUUACGAAGGAAGAGGAUCUCCAGCUGGUUCUGUAGGUUGCUGCAGUGAAAAACAGGAAGAAGAUGGCCUUGACUUUUUAAAUAAUUUGGGAGCCAAAUUUACUACAUUAGCAGAGACGUGCACAAAGGGAUAAUGUUAAAGUGUUACAAUUAGACAUGUAUUUGCCAGACAUCUUGGAGGUUUCCAAAAGGAAAGAGAUAUUGUAAUGUUCAAUUUCAAUUUCUAAUACAUAUAUGGA